AUGGCCGAGCUCAACUACUCACCAAUCGAGAAAUUAUGCUUGGCGCUUUAUUUCGCGGCUACCAAGUUGCGCCAUUAUAUGCUUCCCUCGGUCGUUCAGAUCAUCUCCAAGACCGACCUCAUCAAAUACAUGCUUACUCGGUUGAUCAUACACGGCCGGAUCGGGAAAUGGACGAUGGCAUUGUCCGAAUUCACCUUCCAAUAUGUAGCCCAGAAAUCGGUCAAAGGCCAAGCAUUGGCCGAUUUCUUGGCCCACCACCCGGUUCAAGGGCAAGAGGGGGAGUUGGAGGUUGAGAUCGGCAUGACCCACAUGGAGAAAAAAUACUGGACCAUGUACUUCGAUGGCUCCAGUACCGAGACCAGGUCGGGGGCCGGGGUCGUGAUCGUAUCCCCCCAAGGACAAAGGUGGCAAUUUGCGUUCCAGCUUGAUUUCAAAUGCACCAAUAAUCAGGCAGAAUAUGAAGCACUCAUCAUCGGUCUUGAAAUUCUAAAAGGAAUGAAGGCGACCCGUGUCCUGGUCUACGGUGAUUCUCAGCUAGUAAUUAACCAACUGACUGGGGAAUAUCAGUGCACGAGCGAAAACCAUGAGGCCAAUGAGAUGGCCCAGGUAGCGUCAGGUAUGAACAUUCCGAACGGCGACCGUGACCGCUUAAUAAGAAUCGAGAAGCGCACCCUGCCGGCUUUGGCCGAACGGGGAAUGACGGCACAGGUAUCAUCGGCCGAGAUUAUCAGCAAGGUCGAAGCGGCCGAAACCGACUAG